GCGGCGUGAGGCUGGCGGGAUACACACGGGUAGUACAGGGAGACAAGUGGAGAAAGUAGAGUAAAGAACUGUAAUUUAACAGGAUAUAUUCGACUUUUACUAUCUGGCUAUCUCAGGUGGAUUUAGCUUCCCAACAUGCCUUCUGUUCUGGGUGCAAGCACCCCCACCGCUGCGGUCCAGGAAGCCUUAGAAAAUACGGGGAGACUCAUCAGCCGGCACCUUCAGGAUGAUCGCUGUUACCCGGACCUCUCGGAGCUCCUCGGUGUCAUUGCUCACAAUACGCCGUCUGCGUCCGGUAUCUCAGAUAUGGAUUACCCCCUGCAAGGUCCUGGUGUGAUGAGUUUCCCCAGCCUCCCAGAGAUCAGCGCUGUCCGCAGAGUGCCGCUGCCUCCUGAACUAGUGGAGCAGUUUAGCCAUAUGCAAUGUAACUGCAUGAUGGGUGUUUUCCCAGAGAUAAGCAGGGCAUGGCUGACCAUUGACAGUGAUAUAUUCAUGUGGAACUAUGAGGAUGGAGGUGACGUUGCUUAUUUUGAUGGUCUGAGUGAAACCAUAUUGUCUGUGGGUCUUGUAAAGCCGAAGGAAGGAAUUUUUCAGCCUCAUAUUCAAUACCUGCUGGUUUUGGCUACUCCUGUAGAUAUAGUGAUUCUUGGACUGAGCUUCCCUGGAUCCCAGGCAGGUUCUGGAGUUCUGAAUGACAGCAUGUCUGGAGGAAUGCAGCUACUCCCUGACCCACUCUACUCUAUUCCCACUGAUAACACAUACCUGCUUGCCAUCACUUCCACUGACCAUGGGCGCAUAUUCCUGGCAGGAAAAGAUGGUUGUUUGUAUGAAAUUGCCUACCAGGCUGAGGCUGGCUGGUUUAGUCAGCGCUGCAGAAAGAUAAACCAUUCGAAAAGCACUCUGUCCUUCCUUGUUCCCUCCGUGCUGCAGUUCACAUUCUCAGAGGACGAUCCGAUUGUCCAGAUUGCUGUUGACAACUCUCGAAACACUUUGUACACCCGUUCAGAAAAAGGACUCAUUCAGGUUUAUGACCUUGGCUUGGAUGGACAGGGAAUGAGCAGGGUGGCAGCUAUGUCUCAGAACUCCAUAGUAUCUGCAGCUGGGAAUAUUGCAAGGACAAUAGACCGCUCUAUUUUCAAGCCAAUCGUUCAUAUUGCAGUGAUUGAGAGAUCAGAAUCUAUAGAUUGUCAACUCCUGGCUGUUACACAUGCAGGAGUUCGUUUGUACUUUAGCACAACCCCAUUCAAGCAGCCCAUGGCCCGCCCAUACAUGUUAGUGCUGGUUCACAUGCGUCUACCUCCAGGAUUCUCCGCCUCUGCAACUUUGCAGAAACCAUCCAAGGUCCAUAAAGCAUUGUAUAGCAAAGGGGUUUUACUGAUGGCAGCCUCAGAAACUGAAGACAGUGAUAUCCUGUGGUGCAUCAACCACGACUCCUUCCCGUUUCAGAAACCCCUGAUCGAAGCACAGAUGACGUCACAUGUGGAUGGACACUCUUGGGCUCUAUCUGCCAUUGAAGACUCAAAGACUGAAAAGAUUGUGACUCCUCUCAAUAAAGAUCUGAUUCCAAUAACAGAUUCUCCCAUUGUAGUACAACAGCAUAUCCUGUCACCCAAAAAGUUUGUCCUACUCUCAGCAAAGGGAAGUCACAUUUUCCACAAGCUCCGCCCUGUCGACCAGCUCAGACAUCUUCUUGUCAGCAAUGCUGGGGGAGAGGGAGAGGAGAUUGAGAGGUUUUUUAAACUGCACAGGGAAGAGCAGGCAUGUGCUACCUGUCUGGUCCUCUCCUGCUCCACAGCAGCCUAUGAUAGAGAAGUGGCAGUCUGGGCCACUCGGGCCUUCUUCAGGUAUGGUGGGGAAGCACAGAUGCGCUUUCCGUCAGCACUGUCUGCUCCGAGUAAUGUGGGACCCAUCUUCAGCUCUCCUGUUCCUGGUUCCCCUCUACCUUUUGGUAGCCCACUCCCCAAUCCAAGCUUCUUGGCUACACCAGCUCCAGGAGUGCAGCCCCAGAGUGUGUCUACCCCAUUCAUCCUGGCGUCGCCUGCGGUCCAAGCUGGGGGACCCCUCGCAGCCAUGGCUGGUCCUGAGGUGGUGUUCUCAGGGAAGCACAACGGCAUCUGCAUUUACUUUACCAGAAUCUUGGGUAAUAUCUGGGAUGGAAGCAUUGGAAUAGAAAAAACCUUCAACACAGGAAACCAGGUGGUCACCACUAUUGAGAGCAGCGUAUCAUCCAAGGUCCUGGAAUCGGUGCUCCACGAGCUGAAUGGGUUAAAGGAAUUUUUGGACAAAAACUCUCAAUUUACUCCUGGAUCUCUGGGUAGUACAAGUUUCAGUACCCCUGCCAACCUGCAGCAGAGACUUUUGGGCUUCAUGAGGCCAGAUGGGGGGAGCUCGCAGCAAGUACAGCAGGAUCUGCAGAGGAAAUACCACACUGAGGCUCAGGCCUAUGAGAAGAUUUCCCUGCAGGGCAUCCAGCAGCUGGUUCAUCGAACGUGCCAGACACUAGCUCUGUGGAAACUCAUCUGUGACCAUCAGUUCAGCGUUAUCAUAGCGGAUCUGCAGAAGGAGUUUCAGGAGCAAAUGAAACUGAUCAGCUUCAAGGACAUUGUGAUCCAUGGGAAGGAGCUGAUGGGAGCUCUCAUCACAGCUCUCAUUAACCGCUACAUCGGCGACAACGCCUCUGUGGACGCCAUCAGCUUUCACCUUCGAGAAAUCUGCCCCCUCCUUUACAGCAGCGACGAUUCUGUGUGCUCCAAAGCAAAUGAGCUUCUCCAGAGCACUCGACUGGUACAGAAUAAAACCGAGAAGGAGAGGAUGCUGAGAGAGUCCCUACGCCAGUACCAGCAGAUCAGUCACCAGGCUGACCUCCCCCAUGUCUGCACACAGUACCGGCAAGUGCGCUUCUAUGAGGGGGUAGUGGAGCUGUGCUUGACUGCUGCUGACAAGAAGGAUCCCCAGAGGCUGGGACCUCACUUCUACAAGAACGGAGAGCCUGAGGAGGACACUGUGGGUCAGCAAGCUUUCCAGGACAGGUUGAACUGCUAUAAGUGUAUAACUGAUACCAUUCAGGAGCUGGUUAACCAAAGCAAAGCCGCCCCCCAGUCACCGAGUGUGCCAAAGCAACCGGGACCUCCUGUGAUGUCAUCAGAUCCCAACAUGCUCAGCAACGAAGACGCGACCGCACAUUUUGAACAGAUGUUAGGACUAGCCCAGCGCUCUAAUGAUGAGCUGUUCCACAUUGCUCUCUACAACUGGCUAAUUCAAGCAGACCUCACUGACAAACUUCUGGAGGUGAACUCGCCAUAUUUAGAAGACCAUUUGAUGCGCAUGAUAAAACAGGACCAGAAUAAGGUGUGUUACAUGGAUCUGCUGUGGCGAUACUACGAGAAGAACAAGAGCUUCAACAAAGCAGCACAUGUACUGGCAAGGCUUGCAGACAUGCACAGCACAGAGAUUACUCUACAGCAGCGGCUAGAGUACGUCUCUCGAGCCAUCCUGAGUGCCAAGAGUUCCACCUCUGCAACUUCUCAAGCUGCCGAUGGAGAGUUCCUGCAUGAGUUGGAGGAGAAGAUGGAGGUGGCUCGGAUACAGCUUCAGAUCCAAGAAACAUUGAGCAGACAGUACUCCCAGCAUCCCUCAGUGCAGGGUGCGUUGUCUCAGCUGGAUUCAGAAUUAAUGGACAUCACAAAGUUAUAUGGGGAGUUUGCCGACCUGUUCAGGUUGUCAGAAUGCAAACUGGCCAUCAUUCACUGUGCAGGGCAUUCAGACCCUGUCCUGGUCCAUACCCUCUGGAAUGAAAUAAUUGAAAAGGAACUGAGUGACAGUGUGACGAUGGGCGCCGCAGACCGAAUGCAAGCUCUUAGCCUGAAGCUGGUGUUUCUUGGCAAGAUCUACGCAGGGACUCCAAGAUACUUCCCUCUGGAAUUUCUGAUAAAGACCCUGGAACUGCAGGUCUGCCAGUUGGGCUGGGAUGUGGGGUUUGUAACUUACACCAUGCAGGAAAUUGGAGUGCAGCUACCAAGGCUGCUGGAGGUGUAUGACCAUCUUUUCAAAAUUCGGGACCCUUGCUGGCAGCGAUUGAAGAAGGCCUUGCAUUUGUUGGACUGCAUUUACAUCCUUCUGUCUGGAUAUGUGCAAGAUCCCAACAAGGUCCCUGCUUCUGACAGGCGGAGAUUCACAAAUGUCUGCCUUGAUAAGCUCUGUGCAUACCUCGUGGAACUGCAGUCUUUAGCCCCGAACCAUGCCUUACAGCAGACCAUCGGAAACUUCAAAUCCCUGCAGGCUAAACUACAGAAAGUUUACUGAUAUGUGGAUGGUUGCUGCCUGGCACUUUGUAAAUGCAUCACUGCCUCCAACGUGGGGAGAAUCACUUGGAAUGAAAAGCUGGUUCCUGACUCCUCCCACAUAAUUUCCUCUCAGUAUAGUGGAUUUGGUAGUGGUAAGCAGGUCCAGCUGUUUGAUUGGUAGGUCUGACCUCCAUUUUACCAAUGAUUCAUUGGAAGAUUGUAUUGCCUUGCCCAUGCAUGGUGGAUUGUCCAGUUAUGGUAAAGAAUGGCAAGUGCAGAAGUGAAGCCAUCACUUAGUGUUGCCAUCUUUACUGCAGACAAACAAUGCAUUGAACAAGCAUAGAGAGAUGUCAGUAAUUUUUAGCAAAAUGGAGGCUAGAUCAACCAAUUUAAAAACUUGGACUCCAAUGACCAACAUUGGUAGUUUGCAUUAGUGUUGCCCUCUUUCAGUUUGAGAAUUUGAAGCAAGUUCAGAACAUUAAUUUCCCACACAAAUGUUGUUUUAUUUUGUUUACAUAGAAUAAAUGACCAUGCAGUUGCUUGAUAAUGUACUGUAGUACCAUUGUAAAUAACCAGUUUUGGUUAUUUGAUCUUGGUUAGUACAAUGCAUAACUGUAAUUUUCAUGUAAAUUAAACUACAGAUCUGAAAAAAAAAUGCAUGUAAAAGUCUGAGCUUGCCAAUUUUGACUAAAACCAAGUUGCAUUUCUAUGUAUUAUACAAUUUAACAAGGUCAUUUUCCAUUACUGUAUCAGAAACAUCAAAAUUUGAGUUGAAGUAUUCUUGCUUGGAGAGAUGUAGUUUUCCUGACCACCUCCAGUUGCAAACUGGAUCAUCUUUCAUCUUGUGAUGUUACUGGUCAUAAGCUGAUAAGUAGCUUGGUUUUACACAUUCAGCCAAAAUAUGAUCUUGUUUUGUUAAUGUGAACAUGUCUUAAUCCAGUUUUCCUCCUGACCUAGCUUUAGAUAAAAACACAAGUCAAAUUCCCUCCUACCCAAUCCCAAAAACAAAAAAAAUACUGUGGAUCCUAAUAAGCAUGGAGUUUCUUGGGCAAGGAAAAAUAUUCUGAAAGUAAUUUUAAAUCAUGUAAUGCUAUGAAACUAAACAACAGUUGGUGCCAUGUAUGUGAGUAGUUUUAUACUGUUAAAAUUGUUUGAACCCUUUCAAAAAAUGUGCCCUUGCACGUAUUGUUGAUGGCUUGAGUUUAAUCAUUUUUGCCGUAAAUUACUUCAUCGGGUGUCAACUGAAAUAAAGAAAGACUGUUUAAUAUGCACUAAUAGGAAUAUAAGAUUUCUAGAAUUUCCGGGGGGGUUGGUAACUGUUAGUAGCAAAAUAGUUCUUUCAGCCAAAUGUCUUCUUUUUUUAUAAAUCUAAAAUAUACUGCAAAAAAGAAAGUUUUCUACAUGGAAACCCCUAUUUGUAUUUUUAUUAUUCAAUGUGUGUUUUUUCAAGAUGUUAUAACCUAUUGGUAGAAAAUAAAAUAGAAGUUGCA